GAACUGCAACAUUAUCCUAUCAUCGCAUCUUCAGUUUCUCUCUCUACAAAAAUGGCUUCCACUCUCUCCACCGCUUCUCUCCAAUUCCCAUCUUGUUCUUCAUCUUCUUUUCCAUCAAAAUUUUCUCAUUCCCCAAAAUCCAAAUCUCUCCAUUUCCCCUCUUCAUUAUCCUCCUCCAAUCUCUCUCUUCGCCUCGUUCAUCUCCGACCACUUUCCGCAACCGCCGUGCCGGAAAAAGUUACAGAAAUCGGAGAUGUCAUAUCAAAAUUAACACUCGAAGAGGCUCGAAUCCUCGUUGAUUACCUCCAAGACAAGCUCGGCGUUUCCGCUGCCGCAUUCGCCCCUGCCGCCGUCGCCGUCGCUUCCGGACCUGCCGGAGGAGACGAUGCGGCCGCUGCCGUCGAGGAGAAGACGGAGUUCGAUGUUGUUAUAGAGGAUGUGCCGAGUAAUGCGAGGAUUGCUGUGAUUAAGGCUGUUAGGGCUUUGACGAGCUUGGCGUUGAAGGAGGCGAAGGAAUUGAUUGAAGGUUUGCCGAAGAAGUUUAAAGAAGGAAUUUCGAAGGAAGAAGCAGAAGAUGCGAAGAAACAGCUCGAAGAGGCUGGUGCGAAGAUCGCUAUCGUUUGAUUUCGUGGCUGGUUAGUUUCUUGAAUUCUUAAAGUUUACUUACAAUUUAGGCAUUCUUAUGGAACUAGAGAUCGGAUUAUUCUGUUCAUUAUGAACUGAUGAUGAAUUUAGUUGAUAUUCUGUUAAUGAAUACCUCAUUGUUCUUGAAUUUGUGCCU